AUGCGAUCUUAUAUGGAGAUUCUUCAAAAAUUUGUCAAGUUCAUCGGCCCAGGGAUAUUGGUCAGUGUGGCUUAUAUGGAUCCAGGAAAUUAUGCCACUAGUGUUUCUGGUGGUGCCCAGUACAAAUAUACCUUAUUGUUCUCUAUUUUCAUAUCCAACAUUUUUGCCGUACUUUUGCAAUGCCUCUGUGUUAAAUUGGGUACUAUCACUGGCUAUGAUUUGGCUGAAAACUGUCGUCAUAAUUUGCCUAAAAAGUUAAACUAUACCCUUUACUUUUUCGCUGAAGUAGCAAUCAUUGCCACUGAUCUGGCCGAGGUCGUGGGUACUGCCAUCGCCUUGCAAAUUCUUUUCAAAAUACCACUAACUUGGGGUGUCUUAUUAACGGUGCUGGAUGUUCUGGUAAUCUUGAUGUUCUACACACCAAACGGCCAAUCUUUGAAAAAAGUUAGAGUUUUCGAAUUUGGCGUCGGUCUUUUGGUCAUUGGUACCUGUAUUUGCUUCAUUUUAGAACUUUUUAAAAUUUCGAUUCCAGAUAAAGCUGAAUUGUUUAAGGGAUUUUUGCCUUCAACCAUCAUUUUCAAGGAACAACAAGCUCUUUACAUUUCAUUGGGUAUCUUAGGUGCUACUGUCAUGCCUCAUUCAUUAUAUUUGGGUUCAUCGAUUGUUAAACCAAGACUGCACGACUAUGAUAUGAAGAAAUACGGUAAAGUUAAUGCUCGUCCAAGCUUAAAUGCUAUAAAAUAUUCGUUAAACUAUGCCUAUGCUGAAUUAAUCAUCUCCUUAUUUUUGAUCGCCACCUUUGUGAAUUCCGCUAUUUUAAUUGUCGCAGGUGCUACUUUAUCAGGCCAGCCUGAGGCAGAGGAUGCUGAUUUACUAUCUAUUUACAAACUGCUGGUCCAUUACAUAUCCCCUGCAGCAGGAUUGAUCUUUGCAUUGGCCAUGUUAUGUUCAGGGCAAUCUGCAGGUAUCAUCUGUACACUUGCGGGGCAAAUUGUUUCAGAGGGGUUUUUACAAUGGUCUUUACCACCUUGGGCUACAAGACUGUGCACCAGAUUGAUUGCCAUUGUACCAUGUUUAUUUGUUACUUUAACCAUGGGGGAAAAGGGAAUUUCAGAUAUUUUGAAUUUUUCUCAAGUGAUAUUAUCCUUAAUUUUACCUAUUGUAUCCGCUCCUUUGAUUUAUUUUACCGCAAAUAGAAAGUUGAUGGUUGUUCAUGACGAAAACGGAGUGGUAAGAGCUCCUGCCGAUGUCAACGUCAUCGCAGAUGAAACCACUCCAUUGAACUCCAAACACAGUAAAAUCGUUGAUUUUACGAACAGUCGUUUACUAACUUAUUCCUCUGUCUUUGUAUGGGCUUUAAUUGGAAGUUUGAACUGCUAUUUGGUGAUUUCCUUCUUAUUAGGUGCUGACAUCCACUUUUAG